AGUUACACACUGAGUCUGCGUUUGGUUCUUCUUCUCCGUCCGUUUGCUUCUUCUCCUUCUAGAUCUGAUCACGCCCAAGAUUCUUCGAGAAUUGUGAGAGGUUUUUCGUUUUCAGCUGUGGAUUUUGCAUUAGCUUAUGUGCUUAUCUUCUUGGUGUAUAUCAUUGUUUGUUCCAAAGAGUAAACAAAGUAUCUUUGAGAUCGUAAUUGAGUUCAAAGAGGUUUCAAAAAGUCUUUCCCUUUAUACAAAUGGGUCGUGGAAACAGCUGUGGUGGAGGUCAAAGCUCUCUCAAUUAUCUCUUUGGCGCUCCUCCUGCUCCUAAGCCCACCGCUCCAGCUCCUCCUGCCGAGACUGCUUCACCAGCACCAGCACCAGCAGCUGUGACUGUAACCGCUACAACUACAGUUGAGCCAGCAGAGCUCAACAAGCAGAUCCCUGCUGGUAUCAAAACUCCUGUUAACAACUAUGCCCGUUCUGAAGGACAGAACACUGGAAACUUCAUCACUGACCGUCCUUCGACCAAAGUUUAUGCAGCUCCUGGAGGUGGAUCAUCUCUGGAUUAUCUCUUCACUGGUGGCAAGUAAAAUAUAAAACAUUAUGUGUAAUGCAAAUGCAUAAUUCCAUCGUGUCUCUAUUUCACUAUAAAACUGUUUGAUGUGAGCCUUUAAAUGAUAACAAGUCAGUUUCUUGUCAUCCUCUGUGUUCUGUAAUAUUCUACUUAAAAAAAUGUUCAAAUAAUUUGAA